UGAACUAUGUGUGAUGUUUUAAACAGAGUCUUUAUUGCAUUGAUCUUCAAAGUCUGCUUAGAACUCAAAUACAUAAAAAUACAAUAAUUCUCUCAUUUAUUUAUUAAACAGAUUGAUUUAAAAUCGCGUUCUCAUCUGUGUCAAAAACGUCCGCACGCGCUCCUCUUCACAGGAGGGAGGUUUACAUACUUUACCAUCUGCAAAGGAACGCGGCGCCACGUGACGUCACCGCGCGUCCGGCGCUUUAAAGAUCCCCGAGCGUCCGAACUCACCGGACAGACAGACAAGAUGACGGCGAAGAACAGAAGUAAGAUCAGUUCGCACACAAACGACAGAAGCCCCGCCGUCCAGCACGAUGAGUCGGUGAAGAAGAGCCAGAAGAACGCGGGUCCGAGCGCGCUCAUGAAGUUGAUGUCUGCGCUGUUUUAUCUGACGCUCGCGGGAUGCGCGGUGCUCGCGGCGCUUUAUUUCCAACAAGUGUUAACGGAGGUGAAACUUAUGAACCUGAAACACGAAGAAUCGAUGGAGAGACACAAAGAGAUGCAGCGCGCGCUUCAACAGAUGAGCUCAGUGAAGGAUUCUCUGGAGGGUCUGGAGUCGGCCGUGGACGUUGUUAAAGCUGAUCUACAGCGCUCGAGUCAGGCGCUGCAGAGAGGAGAAGCCGACAACCGUCGACUGGAGGAAACCUUACAGAACCUCCAGAAUAAACUCUUCAGAGAUGUAAAAGACAGCAUUGAGGAGGUGAAGGAGGCUCAGGAGCGGGACGUCUCGUCUCUGGAGCGAAGCCUCGAGGAACGUCUGGGCCAGCUGAGCCGCUCCAUCGCAGAGAGCGUGUCGGAGGUCUCCGGAGAACAGAGCCACUACAAGAAUGAACUUCAGGAGCUUAAAUCUCACCUGCAGGAGCGUCAGACGCCUGCGCUCAUCCAACAGGAGCUGACGUCCAUCAACAGCGCCGUGGCCAACCUCAACACCGCCAACGAGGUGUCCGAGGGGAACAUGGAGGUCCUGAGGGAGCAGAUCACCGCCGUGAGCGCGGAACUCCAGACCAGGAACAGAGAGGUAGCGUCUGUGUCGGAGGAGAUCGAGUCCGUGCGCUCGCUGAUGAGGAGCAUUGUGGGUACGAUACGGGAGGAGGUGGCUGAGGCUCGGACUGGCGCACAGACCGCGUCCGACCGGGUUCAGGCUCUGGGCGACGGGCUGGAGCGCUCCGACGGGGCCCUUCACACCCUGGAGAUGCAGUUGAGGGAGGAACUGCUGAAGGCGGAGAGACGAUUAGAAGACGUGGAGGCCAGACUGAAGGCCACGGAGGAGAGCGAGGACUCGCUGACGGAGCAGACCAACAAACUGUACGAAUCUCACCAGAGCUCGCUGCAGAACUACAGAACAGUGACGGAGACGCUGAGGGAAGACGUGGAGGAGAUGAAGAGGAGUCUGAGUGAGGCUCAGGUGAGAUUACAGGCCGUGGAGCUCAAACCGGAGGCGGAGGGUUCGGAGGUAGCGCGAGAUCUUGAGAUGACAAGAGAAGAGACGGAUGAAUCUGAAAUAACAGAUUUGAAUUGAUGAAUUGCUGACGUCUAAAAAUACCUGCACUGUAGUUUUUAUCCGUUCAGUUUUUAAAGUGGAAUCAGGAUUGUAGUUGUUUUACAGUAAAAGAUGUUGUCAACCGUG